AUGAGAACCCAGCGGUAUGAAAUCGCCAUCAUUGGCGGUGGCAUCGCAGGCACUACGCUUGCCAAUAUGUGUGAAAGGCUAGACAUAGAUUACGUCCUCCUCGAAGCGCGCCCGUCUCUGGAGGCAGAUGAAGGCACUGGAAUUGCAAUACAACCCAAUGGAUUUCAGAUUCUCGACCAACUGGGCAUCGCGGAGAAGAUUAUUGCGGAGACAGUAGGAAUUACUGACUGGCACACGUAUAGCGGAAAGGGGGAGCUGAUGAACUCGAAUAGUAUAUUCAGGCAGUGUGAAGAAACACUCGGAUAUCCAACUAUAUUCACGUCGCGGCGGAAGCUGUGCCGCUUUUUGUCCGACAGUAUCACCCAAAGGGAUCGUGUCAAGUGUUCCUCCAAGGUGACGACUAUCGCGGAGAGUGACAAUGAGGUGGUACUUACGACUAGCAACGGAGAGACAUAUGUGGCAGAUGUCGUCAUUGGAGCAGAUGGUGUAAAUAGCUUUGUCAGGAACUUCAUUGACAGGACUGGGCCAGAAAAGGGCGCUGCUAGGUCCCCAGAUGACUACAUGUCGGUCGGAUUCUCCUGCUGCUAUGGUAUAUCGUCACCAACACCAGGCUUCGUGGCUGGUGACCGCUUCACCGUCAUGCGUGAGGAAUCAGGCACAAUAGGUUUCACCGGUGAAGAUGGCACAAUAUUCUGGUUCAUCUUCGAGCACUGCACUGAUCCCACGGGCAAACCCAAACGAUUCUCCGAGCGCCCGCGGUUCAGCAAGGCAGACGCCGAUGCACAAAUCCCACCUAUGGCAGAUGUACGCAUCAUGCCAAACGUAACGUUUGGGGAUAUAGCAGCCAAUCGCACGGUAUACUUUAGAAUCCCACUGGAAGAAGGCAUAGCACCAUCAUGGCAAACACACCGCACUGUCAUUGUGGGUGAUGCUGCACAUAAAAUGUCGCCGGCCAGCGGGAUGGGAGCAAAUGUUGCCAUUGAAUCUUGCGCUGUUUUAAUGAAUCAUCUAAUGAGCGUCCGACGUCAGUGUGGCAAAGGAAGCUUGUCUCGCGAUUUUUUGAACACCGCUUGGUCACGGUAUUCUGAAAACCGCAAAAAGAUCGGUCGAUUGUGGAUGAAUAGGUCACACAUUAUUACCCAGUCAUUGCUUUGUGUGCCAGGGAAGCCGUUGGCGGUGGGUGAGAAGAUUCGACAAAUGACCGACGACGAGCUUCUGGGUUUGGUGAUUGACGAUUUGUCAACUGCGCCAAUGCUGGAGGGUGUUGCGCUGACAGAGCGUGGGGAGGUGUUUUUCGGUACAAUUUCUGCGCAGAGAGCAAAGAAGCAGAGCUUGAAACAUGCGGCUGGAAUGAGAGAUCAAGCAGGGAGCAAGCUUGUCGGUAAAUUGUAG